GCUUGACAACAACAUAAACUAAGCUAGUCCGCUGAUUUUGAACCGACAACAGGUCAUUUAAAAACAUAGUUUGAGUCGAGGAACAAUGGCAUCCAGCGAGAGAUGUAUGAAAGGAGAUGUUACAGAGUUUGCGGUGCAGAUGAAAAAGUUGAUCAACUCUAAAGAACACAGUGAUUUAAAGUUUUUACUGGGUCCGAACAGAAAGACAGUGUAUGCACAUCGAUGUAUUUUGUCCUCCCGCUGUGCUGUGUUCAAGGCCAUGUUUGCUGAACAGAAUCAAAAUACAAAGAACUCUGGUGCUGACAAAGAUGUUCCGUUUGUGCUGUCAGACAUGUCUCCAGAGAUAUUCCUGACAUUGCUGGAAUUCGUUUACACCAACUGUGUCCACCUAUCAUCCAAAAAUGCAAUAGAUGUCCUGGCCACAGCUCUGGAAUAUGGCCUUGAUGAUCUCAAGAAGCUGUGCUCCCAGUAUUUGAUAGAAAACCUGACCGUGGGCAAUGCGUGUGACGUGUUGCAGGCUGCGGUCACCUACGGUCAGGACGACCUCAAGAACAAGACUGUCGAGUUCAUAGAGCAGAACACAGGUAAUGUGUUCAAGUCGAAGGGGUUCCAGGAGAUGGGGGAGGAGGCGAUGUCGGCCGUGUUGUGCAGCAACCAGCUCCAGAUGGACGAGAUGGACCUGUACAGAGCGGUCAAGGAAUGGGCAACGGUCAACUCGGUUGUAAUGGGGAAAACAGUAGCUGAUAUCGGCGGUGCCGCUGUGAAAUACAUCCGACUACCUCUACUGUCUCCUGAGGAACUCUCUACCGUGGAGACAGAGAACAAGAAGGAUGGAUUCAUCCCGGUUGACAGUUUUGCCCAAGCAUGGAGAUUCCAUGCCUUGAAGCACCCCGAGAAGGGCAACCCACAGACACAGAAGAGGCGGGGCACCAACUCCCGGGACUGUCACAAGUACCUGGAGUCCAAGUGAUGACUGCUGUACAAGCAGGCUCCACAUGUACAUCUCAUACCAGGCCUGGAAUACUGCUGACAUUGCCAUGCCGGGAUUCAGGAUUUUAUAGUCCUCACCAUUUGAAAUAGAAUCAUGAACAAUAUCGCAAUUUUUAAUUUACAAAGAAAACUGCAUAAGUGCUUGUACUUACAAAGUGAAAACAAGCCAUUCCUCUGAUAAGGAAGAUUGCAGGUUAUAUUAACUUGAACUGGGUCGAUGUUUCUGCUGGUGGACUGAAGUCCCGGAGUUUCAUCAUCAGGAGCAUGUAUCUAUGCUGAGUCAACUACAAAAGAAAUGUUUGGGACGAGACUUGAAAACUGUGCCACACAUUGUUUUUCUUUGCUUAUUAGCAGCAAAAUCUCUGCACUUGUUCACAGCUGACGUAAUUAAAAACUAACAUACAGUUUUUAUUAGUUUCAACAAAAUCAGUAAUGGUAGUCUCGUGUCACCUGAUUUUCUGGUUCAUUGAUCACUUGAUUGUCUGGUUUGGGGGUUUGUUUACAGGCUGACGUCCCAUGGCAGGAGUACUGCUGUGUGGCAUCAGGCAAUAAAUACUUACUUUUUUAUGCAAAUUCUGUGAAUGGUGGUGAUACCGGUGGAGAAGGACAUGCUUACCCUUUUCUUAAACACCUGGUGUCAUCACUGUUUUUCAGUGGCCCGUUCACAUACUUUCCACAGCUAUUUGCCCUUUACACCAAGUGGAAUCUGUUUCAGCAGAAAAACUAGGCUUGCAUUGACAGUUUAUAUUCAAGUGAUAGCAAAAAUUGCAAAGUGCACUUUUCAAGAAAUAUCCAUUUUGCUGACGAUGACUGCAAGCGUAAAGAUCCGGGGUAGGAUAGGUCUUCAGCAACCAAUGCUUGCUGUAAAAGGCAACUAACAGGAUCAGGUGGUCAGGCUCGCUG